GACUAAAGAUUAUGAAUUCAUGUGAUGUGAGGAAACGCCGGGCGGAGGAGACAGCAGGGGCCAGCGAUCCAAUCGACUGCCGAGUCAAAGGAAAACGCGUCGUGUUGGUUUAGAUCCGAUUUGCCUCCGACUCACUCACUCACUCGCUCGACGCGGACUACUCCGAUUGCAUUUCUAGGGAGAGGCGAAGGCAGUAAUGGCCACAUGGCCUUCUUCUCCUCUCCUUCCCUCACGGCCUCUGCAAUCUCCCUCACUGUUCUCUCCACCCUCUUCUUCUUCCUCUUCAUCUCCCCACCGGUCCCUUCUUCUCCAUCUUUUCCUUCCAUAGCUCCUCCUCGCCGGGGACUCCUCAACAGCACCAAAUCUUGUUCUUCGGUCAGGCGCAGCGAUGGCAUCAUCAACUACUUCGGCCUCCAUUACUGCAUUUUCCGCCAGAACUCCCUCCUCUCCAUCCCAUCCCUCUCCCUCUUCCUCCUCUUCUACUUCUACGUCCUCAUCAAGACCGCCCAGGACCACUUCUCCAUCGUCACCACCAAGCUCUCCUCCCACCUCCGCCUCUCCCCCAGCAUGGGCGCCAUCACCCUCCUCGCCCUUGGCAACGGCGCCCCCGACGUCUUCUCCUCCGUCGCUGCCGUCCGCUCCGGCCAAUACCGCACCGGGUUCGGCGCCAUCCUCUCUGCCGGCACCUUCGUCUCUGCCUUCGUGGUCGGCUUCGUCGCGAUCCACGCCGCGCCCUUCUCCCUGGACCCCGCCCCCUUCGUCAGAGAUGUGCUGUUCUAUAUGAUUGCCGCGCUGUUCCUUUUCUGGGUGUACCUCAGCGGGGAGAUUUUCUUGUGGCAGGCGAUCGGGUUUGUGGGGUUCUAUGUGUUCUUUGUUGGGUUUGUGUUUUGGAUGGAUUUCGGGUUGGGAGAGGAGAGGAAGAAGGACGGGGAGAGCGAAGUCCGGCUUCACGAGCUGGAAGCACCGGACUGUGAGAUUGGAGAAGUUGGGGGUAGUCUGGCCAGAGGAAAAUCUAGCUCGGGAUUCAGUGGAGCUCUUAGUAAGAUUCUUCAAGUAUGGAGAGUUCCCGUCUCGAUUCUUCUGAAUGCCACAAUCCCACGAACUUCACCUUCGCAGUGGAACAGGUUCUAUGUAUCUGUAAAUAUCAUUCUUUGCCCGUUAGCCCUCCUUUACGCUUGCAACUCAUUUAUGGCAAUAGACCACCCAAUUGCAUUCCUCCUGCCGAACACCCACUUCCCUCUCUGGCUUGUUGUCCUUUUAAUGAGCUCCUCCCUGGGAAUCCUUCACUUUGUGAUAGAAACAGAGCCUCCAAAAUCAGAGCAGCUUCCUCUAAUUCUCCUGGCAUUUAUAAUGAGCGUGUUUUGGAUCUCAACUGCUGCUGGAGAGUUACUAAACUGCCUUGCAGCUCUCGGGGAUAUCCUUGAACUUCCCCCUUCUCUUCUCGGUCUAACAAUCCUUGCUUGGGGGAACUCUGUGGGAGAUCUCGUUGCUGAUGUGGCAGUAGCCAAGGCAGGCCACCCUGCGAUGGCCAUGGCUGGGUGCUUUGCGGGGCCUAUGUUUAACAUGCUUGUCGGUCUCGGGACUGCCCUGGUGAUUCAGACAACAAAUUUAUAUCCGGGAGCUUAUGUGCUUCAUUUCCACGUGGGAAUUGUGAUCGCUUUUGUCUUCUUGCUCUUGAGCCUGAUGGGGUCUCUGUUGGUGAUAACUUGGAGCAGGUUUCGGGUGCCUCGGUUUUGGGGAUUCUGUCUUGUUGGUCUCUAUGUUGUGUUCACGCUGGUCAGCUUAGUCAUUGCGAAGUUCUCCUCAUGAUAGUGGUAGAUGAAUGGAACAGCUCCUGUUCUGAUAAAAGAUGUAUAAUUCAAGUGUUUGGAACUCAGGUUGAAUCUUGAUGCAAUGAUGACCCCGUCAAGGAGCCAGACACCCUGCCAUUUUUGGGGUAGUUCAUAGUUUUGCAAGUUUUACAGUCUUUAUGCCAAAUUGUUUACACUACCCAAUGGGCAGAAUAUACUUACAAUUUGUUGGCGAUUGGCGAUGUCGGAUUCAUGAAAGAAUUGUAUGGCUUCAAUGGUUGAGUUCAUAGAAUAUGAGUUCAAUUAUAUGGCUAUUAUUGUUACUGGUUUAUGGAA